CAACAAUAUUAAAUUGCAAGUAUGAUGUUUUGAACAUUUUAUGCAGGAACAUCACCUAUGUAUAGGGGCCCUUGUUCUAAGAACAAUAUACACAGAAAUCUGUAAAAAAAAUAGAUUAUGUCAACUAGAUGCAUUUUAACUAAGUCAAAUAACAGUACUGCCGCCGUAUAACAAUCAAGAAUAUACAAUAGCAAAACAGAUUUUGUAUACAAAACAACAAAAAUACACGAAUAAUUCAUUAUCCUAAACGAAUAAUUCAUUAAAAUCGAAUUCAACUACAUAUGAAACUUUUAGUAUAGUUACAAAGAAAAAACACACAACAAAAAACCAUUUAAAAUUAUUUAAAAAAAAUAGCAAAAAUGCCAAAUUCAAAGAUAAUUAUUAAAAUUUUAUUCUCGCUAUCAAUCUGGUCAAUUGUAUUAAUAGGUAUAUUAAAAUUUCAUGGCACUGGUAUUGUAUCACAAGAUUAUAUACAAUCACCAAUAAAUGGUAGAAUAUUAUUACAAAAAAAUGUUAAAUUUUAUCCAAAUGGUGAUCCAACAUCAACAACAACUGAUCGUUUUGAUCCAUCUGAAAUCUUAAUUGAUAAUCGUUCAAAUAUGGAUGAUGAUCAAUUGGUACAUGAUGUUGAAUCAAGAUUACCAUCAUUACCAAUUGCAUAUUGGAAUAAAAAUAAAAAUUUUAUACAACAAAAAUCAUCAACAUGUGCCAAAUAUCCAUCAAUAUUUGAAUUAGAAUUUAAUAAUAUUUAUUGGCAAACAAUGCAUACAACAAAUGGUACAUUUCAAUUAUUUGGUGCAUAUUAUGAUAUACGUAAAAAAAGUUUAUUAGGACCAACAGUACGUAUAUUAGGUAUGAUUGAUCGUAUCGAACCAAAUGUUAAAACAUAUUGUCAAUUUUGGUUUGAUGGACAAAAAGAACCAUAUAUUGUUAAAACAUUUGAAUAUAAAUAUAUUUGGUAUAAUAAAUGGGGUAAUUAUAAACAAGGUAUUUAUCAACCAUAUUUAAUUGCAUGUCAAAUACCAAAACCAUUUCAUGGUAUUGUACCAUCAUCUGUAUCAAUGGUUGAAAAAGAAUGUGAUACAGCAACAAAUAAUCUACGUGUUAUUUAUAAUCGGCCAGAAGAUGAUAAAAAAAAAGGUUUUGCUGUAUGUGUUAAAGGUUUAGAUUUUUUAUAUGAUGAUUUAUCAGUACGUUUAAUUGAAUGGAUUGAAUUAUUAAAUAUAUUAGGUGCUGAUAAAAUAUAUUUUUAUGAAUUACAAGUACAUCCAAAUAUAACAAAAGUAUUAAAACAUUAUGAACAAAUGGGUAAAGUACGUGUAACACCAUUAACAUUACCAGGUGGUCAACCAAAUGUAGCCGGUUUUCAACAUUUAUAUUUAACAAAAAAAACAAAUCAUAAAAGACAAAAUGAAGUUAUACCAUAUAAUGAUUGUUUAUAUAAAAAUUUAUAUUUAUAUAAUUAUAUUGCAUUAUUAGAUAUCGAUGAAGUAAUAAUGCCAAAACAUAUAAAUGAUAUGACAUGGUCCGAUUUAAUGAAACGUAUUAUACCAAAAGCAAAUUCAAAUAAUAAUAAUAAUAGUACUGGUAUACCAACUGGUGGCUAUCAAAGUUAUAAUUUUCGUAAUGUUUAUUUUUUGGAUGAUCAUCAACAUGAACAUGGUUGGCAUAAAGAUAUACCACAAUAUAUGCAUAUGUUACAACAUGUACAUAGAGCACAAAAUUAUACAAAACCACAUCAAUAUAUUAAAUGUUUUCAUGAUCCAGAACGUGUAUUAACAUUACAUAAUCAUUUUCCAUUAGCAUGUUUAGGUGGCGUUUGUAAAUCAUAUUCAACUGAUACUGAUGAUGCACAUUUACAACAUUAUAGAGCUGAUUGUGUUAAAACAUUAAAAAAAUCAUGUGAAGAUUUUCGUGAACAUUCUGUUGAAGAUAAAACAAUAUGGAAAUAUAAAGAUGAAUUAAUAAAUAGAACAAUUAAAACAUUAGAAACAUUAGGUUUCUUUAAAAAAUCAUCAUCAGCAAAUAAUAUUAAUUAUAAUAAUAAUAAUAAUAAUAAUAAUUUAUUAAAUUCAUAUAGUGAUGAUCAUAGACGUAGACGCCGUCGGUGAUUUUUAUUAUUAUAUUGGUUAAAUAGAAUAAGUGGAGGUCUUUUAGAACAUUUAAUAGAUAUGAAUAAUAUUAAUAAUGAUAAUAAUAAUAAUUUAUAUUAUAAUGAUGAUGGUAGUGAUGAUAAUUUAAAUGAAUUAAUAGAUUCAAAUGAUAUUGAUGUAACAAAUAAUAAUGAUUUAAAUAAUAACGGUAUGAAUCAAUUUUUGUGACUCUUAAAAAUUUUUUUAACAAUUUCUUUUAAUAAUCGUGGUAAUUCUUUUUUUUUUGUAAAUUUGUUCACAUUUUAAAUAUUUGUCCUAUUUAUUUAUUUUAUUUCUAAUGAAAAUUUUAAUUUGAAGUUAUGUCACAUAUUAUUCAAAAAUCUAUUAAACAUGAAGA